AUGUGUAUCCUGUCAUCUAAUCACACUUGGACUCAAGCCAUUACCUCUUGUAGACAGAGUUAUCAUGUCAAGUCAACCAUUGUCCAAGUAGCGAGUAGGACAUCUCGUAGAAGUACCCUGGCAUACAUUUCGUCUGCCUUCUUUGCAAUGUUCCUGCUGGCUGAACAUGCUGAAGCCAGAACCUCGAGACAAGAGAACAAGAGGAAAGUAAUGGAGAAGCUGGAGAUGGUCCGGGAGGAGGCCCUGGGCUCGAAGGAGAAGAAAGAGAACACGAACAAGGAGUCUGUGGCAAACUUGUUGAUCCCUCCUACUUUGGUCGAUGCUUACAUCUGA